UGGAAGUGGAGGGAGACUAGGAGGAGGAGGAGGAAGAGCCGGAGGAAGAGGAGCGGCUUCUCGCCGCGGCCUGUCCGCCCGCCAUGGCCGCGCUGGGCCGGCCCUUCCCGGGGCUGCCCCUCAGCCUGCAGGCGCCGCCGCAGCCCUCCUUCCACGGCCGCCCCUUCCCGGGCCCGGGGGCCCCCGGCCCCGCCGCCCCCGGCCCGGCCGGGCCCCGGAACCCCGCGCCCCGAGGCCGAAUCUCAGUUCGCUAUAGAAAGAAACACAAGCGAGAAGAAGAAGAUGAUAGUUGUCCUCUCAGAAAGAAGAGACUGACAGAACCUGCGCUCUGUGCCAGUCCUGGUGACUGGCUCCUGCCUGCCCAUCAGGGCAUAGAGAGUCCCGAGGCAAGUGAGUGCAGGGCUGGCCUCUCUGCAUCCGGAAUGUUUGAUGUUCUCUGUGAGGAAAUGGAUCAGACAACGGGAGAGCAGCAGUGUGAGGCUGCCCGAAGGAAGCUUCAGGAGAUCGAAGACAGGAUAAUUGAUGAAGAUGAAGAAGUUGAAGCUGACCGACGCAUCAGUGACCUGCCUAGUCUUGUUCUAUCGGACACUCUGAAGACAAGCCUGAAGAGUGGCUUUGAUGAAGUCCUCACAAAGAAAAUCAUUGAGUCCAUGAGCCGUCCUUCCAUGGAGUUGGUCCUCUGGAAACCUCUUCCGGAACUCCUUCCGGAUAAGCCAAAGCCUUCACCUUGUGCUAAGAACUACGAAGAAAAGUCUGGAAGGGACCAAAGUAAGCACACGGGAGCUGGCGCUGCUUUCCACCAACAGACUGAGCUCUUUUCUGAGCCCCAACAAAUAGGGGUGCCCCUCUACAGUAGCCUAGACGCAGCCAGCUGCACAGAGGAAGAGAUGGAACUUUAGAAAAUCGGUUCAAAAUCUUGUGUGAAAUUCUUGAAGGCUCUUUUAUUGGUUGUGUAAGCCUCUUAGCCUAAGGACUUGAAAGUUGUAUGUGGGGUAUAAUAUCUCUACCUGUGAUUUAUAAAAAAAAAAAAUCUUGAUUUGGGCAGCUUCUUACUGGAUUCAGCAUCUUCCCAAGGAAGCUUCUCUUUGGAGUAAGCUGUCUUCCAGGAGGCUUAUUGGGAAUGUCAAAUCACUGCCUGUGGGAAAAAGUUAGAGGAAUUGGAUGUCAGGUAUCAGGUCACCCUUCAUAUCAUCUUCUGAACAUUAAAAGCUUUUGGGAGAAUGCUCUCCUUGAGAUGUUCAGAAAACAAAUCGGGAGAGAGAGGUUUGGCUGUUAAGACACAGACUCAGUCUUGGCAGAAGUGAAUUCAGUUUACAUCCAUUUCUAGUGAAUUAGUGGAAAGAAGGUAAACUGUCUGAACCUCUUGGUCAAGAGCACCAGGGGUUGGAGAGCUUGUGUGCUUGCUGCUCAUGGUCUGCUCGCUGGAGUUUCUGCCAUUUCUAAAGGGGCUCAACUUUUUGCCUCCGAAGAGCAGUGCAGGGCAGAGAAGGCCUUGGAAGGCUCUACACCUGGUGCUGCUAUUAUUAUUCUGCCUCAGUUUGCUGUACCUAAUUGAUAAAGCUUGGUGUUUCAGUGAUAUUUCCGGCCUACUUGGUGUUGGAUGGUAUAAGUGCUUUGAGUUGAACUUUGAUGGUUAAGAGUGUAGCUCGUGUAAAUUUGGUGAUAGAAUGACAUCCUUUAGGCAAUCCUGAGAAAGUGUUUUCUUUCUGCUAAAUCCAGAGUUGAGGGCAUAAGAGAAAGGACCGUUGCUUUAGUCAGAGGCUUUGAUAGGGCUGGAUUUAGAAGCCCAGGAAUGAGUUGGUGAUCUGAGCUGGCAGAGGGCCUCUGUUGGGAUAUACAGAAUUAGCCUGUUGGCUCGGUGCUCCGCCUAUCACAAUGACCUCACACUUGAUAAUUCUCCUGCCAUUAGGGAACCAUCCAAGCUUCUGCACUGGAGAUGUGGAGAUCGAGGGUUUGGUUCUCUCAGGAGGGGCUUGUCCAGAGAGCAGUUGACUUGAGCUGCCACACGGAUUAGGUCCCUCAGUCCCUCGACUAUGAAAAAAGUUUUGUGCAAAGGUCUUUCCAUGCCACAGGUUGGGACUGACUUGGCAGAACCCUCCCCCUUUGAAGCAGUCCGAUCAUCCAGAUAGGAAGCUUUGUGUCCAUAGAGCGGGUUCCAGGACUCGACUCCCUCGCCUUGUUGAAGCUCUCGCUGAAGUCUCUGGCCUCGGAGAAGGCCAGCCUGCCACUGGGUCUGGUUCUGCUCUUGCCUCUGUUGCUUUGGCUUUCACUAUUUCUGCCUGUAUAGUCAGGAAAAAUAAAUGUAAUGUUUAAUAUUUAAACUAUUUAAUGUCUAUACAGGAAAAAGCUAUUCACAUUUCAAACCAGUAUUGAAGCCAGAUGGAAACCAGCUAAUCAUUUCUUAUUCUUGGACUUGGAGCUGAAUGUAAAGUGUCCUUAGAAAUGUGUCCCGUCUUGUUCCUCUCUUUUGGAGGCUGGCUGACCCUGCUCAACUCAUGGGAACUGGCCAGCUCCAGCCCCAGUGUCAUUCUUUCCUGGGACCAACGUGUAAAUGGUGUAGUUGAAAAGGUGGUUGGAGUGCAGAGUACUCUGGGGGGGGGGGGUAGCAAGAGGACUAACGGGCAACAUCCCAGAAGUUGGGGUGAGCUCCGGUGGGAGGGAGGGCAGAAAAUGCGAAUCAGGCUCCCACACCAGGGGCUCCCCUUCAUGGUUGAGCAGAAGCACGCUGGUGGGCGUGCAGCUCUGAACGAGAAGGUCUCUGACCUGGGGAGCCUCGGGAAACUUGGGGUCGGGGAGAGUCAUGACUCUCAGACCCGUUUAUUUCUGCAGAGAACUAAGUAUUUCAUGUUCCUUUCUGGGCUUUCAUUCCCUCACUUGUAUUGAUGACAGACAUUGUUCUUUCUUCACCCCCUUUGGUGCUGACUUCUCUGAGCCAUCCCCUUGGCUCUUACUUUGCCUCAGCUUUUUUUUUUUCCCUUUCCUUUUUUUUUUUUUUUUUGGUAGCAUCACGCUUCAGCUUUUUGAAAGGCCUUAGGGGUUUCCUAGUGAGUUAACUUGUAUAUUUUGUUUCAUCGGAUCCUGCAGCAUGGACCAGGAGUCAGUGAGCAUUGGAAUUGUGAGGAGGGGACUUUUACCUGAAAAGGGACCUCCACAAAGCAAAUGUCAAUUUUCUACAAGUUCUGACCUAUCGUGAAGGGUUUUUGAUCACUGCCAAACAAGUGAGGUCAACUCUCACAAACUUGGUCGAAGACGAGAAAGAACUGCUCUCCAUCCUUGGAAAAGGGGGAGAGCAAGAGCUAUUACAAAUGAAUGUCGAUGCGCAAACUUCACUUGUUAAUUUGGGCUUUGUUAGUAACUGGGGAUGAGAAUGAUCUACCAGGGAAAUACUGGAAGUUGUUGGCUGUUUUAUUUCAAAUGAAAAUCUGGUCUGUCUGUAUGUCAUAGUUUUCAAUAAAUCUUAAGUGUUUUGGAUUCUUUAA